GAUAGGUUUUGUACAACCCAAACAGUCGGUUGACCGACAUUUGUGACCCCUCCUUUCUUCAUGCCUUCCUCGCAAGUAGUUCCGAAGAAGAAUCGUGUAUCAAGAACUAUUUCAAUCAGACUUUUACAGUUUUUGUUCAAGUGCACACUGGCCUCAUAGCAAUUUUUUUUAAAUCGGAUUUUAUCUAUUGUGUCUGAAAGGUGGCCUGCUUGUGAAUCAGGAUCGGAGAGAGGAGUUUAAAUUUCCUUCAGGUCUACGUCAGCAGCGCUUUCAGACCCGGGCUAUCAAACAUGAAACUGUCUUUUAUCUUUGAACUGCUUUUGGUUUUUGUUCUAAUAGCUUUCGCAGCCUCCGCUGUUAUAGAUAAAAAUCAUUUGAGAAAAUUCAGAAAAGGUGCAAUAACAAAGAAAAAUGGCAAAGUCGGCAAUAAGAGACAAGAAUCACCGGCGAAUAGAUAUUGCAGUUGUUCCACUAAGCUUUGUAAUUGUUGCCGGGAGUUUAACUUGCCAGUAGUGGCUUUGAGAGGGCCAGGUUGCGCCACCUUGCAAUAUCUUAAUGGAGAUCGACUCGCUAUUUCCAUGAGUUUUGGAGAACGAGUCCUCACUAAUACGACUGUGUCAAGUAGGAGGCCAGAUCCCAUAUGUAUGCCACUACCAGGAGGAGUAACCAAAUUUUGCGGACGGGUCUACAACAUUGGACGAAAGGCAGAAAACUUUAACGCCUGUUUAGGCCUGGAGCUACGAUCAGCUAAUGACAUUGAAGCGGCAAUGAGAGUGUCUUGCUUCAGAUUCGGCCCAGAAGGCUUGAAACUUGAGCCUCCACAACCACUUCCAGUAAUCGAAGAAGAUGAUGAUGAUGACGAUGAUGACGAUGAUGAUGACGACGAUGACGAUGACUUUGACUUUGAUGAUGACGAUGACGACGACGAUGAUGAUGACGACGACGAUGAUGACGCAGAGAACGACGUUGACUCAGGCGACUACGAAACUUUCAGCGUAUUGGAUGACGACUUUAUUGGAGGUUACUUCCAAGGCGGAGCAUCAUCAUCUAGCAACAAAAGGCGGAGAACCUCAACAACCACCAAAGCCCCUGUAAAGCGCCGCUAUACCAGACGUCCUGCAGUAGCAACUAAACCCACAAAGAAAAGAGUCUCUGCUCAGAAACCCAAACCUACUAGUGAAGUCAAACCAACGUCCUCUAAACUAUCUGCCUCAGACUCUACUACUCAGAUGUCCACUACUUCAGUAAUGGCAGUAGAAGCGGCUUCCAACGAAACUUUGAUGCUUGCGAUGGAUGCAAGUGAUAAUUCUACAAAAUCCGUUUCAACAAACACGACAACUGAUGAUGCCGCUUCGGAUGUGUCGCCCACAUUAGGAUCAGGACCAUCCACAGAUAUGCCAAUAGAUACCACAACCGUCACGACUUUACCUACCGAUGCUUUGGAAACGACGACUCAAGUAACGACUACUGAGGAACCUGAAGAUGACCCGCUUGCAGAAGCAGUGGAAGAUGUAAUCAAUGAUGAUGAAAGCGGAGAGAACAGCACAGAAAGCGGGGAAGAUAGUGACGAGGACAGCGACGAGGACAGUGACGAGUCUGACGAAAAACCUUCGGGGGUAACAAAAACAUCAAAUACCACGCAGAAGAACGACGACGAGGAUAAGGAAGGCAAAGAUGUGUUUGAUGAUAUAGCUGAUGGUGUCGCGGAGACUUUCGGGGCGGCUGACGAUGAUGACGAUGAUGAUGAUGAUGAUGA